AUGCUUCUUCAAAUAAGUCUGGAACUAGUUCCAGCAUCCCAUUUAUUAUUUAUGGCUAUUUCCUGGGUUUCCUUGGUACUGUACUUGAGGAUACUGUACAUUUUGAAUUCCAGAAAAAAUCUGGAAUUCAAGUCCAGCUUCUUUGUUAUUAUUAAAUUGCAUGCUAUCACUGAUAUCGCCAUGUUUCUAUUUGUGGAAUUUGUGGCGAGACCCCGAAAAUACAGGAUUCAUAAUUUAAUUGAGCCAAUUAACAAUAAUUGGCUCCCGCAAUUAAUUUAUUUCACACAGACUGCAAUUAAGAAUACAAUGUUUUUGGGCUAUACUGUAGUUGCGGUGAAUAGGUUUACUGUAGUUUUUCUGCCAAAACGACAUGUUCAGAUCUGGACCCCCAUGAUAAUAGCGAUAAUCUAUUGCCUUGAAUGGUGUAUCCCAACAACCGCCCUUAUUCAUAUGUUCUAUUACACUGGCAAUCAUAAUUUCUCAUUUUUGCCGGUACCAAUCACUGGAGGAUUGUCUUUAAGAGCGAAUUCCAAUUUCAUGAAGCUAGAUGCUCUUCAGGAUUUUGUAAUCUCAACUAGCUGCUUUUCAAUUAUCACUAUUUUAUACUUCUCCAUAAUUUUGUAUAUUCUCAAAAAUUUGAAAUUCUCAAGAAAUAUUAUCCCACAGAACGGGAAAUUCUCGGGAUUCUCAACUCCUUACGAGUUUAUAAUAUUCAAAUGCGCAUUUUUUUCGUUUUUACUAUUUCUACCGAAUGCCGCCAAAACUGGUAUACUGUACUUUGCAAACGAUCCGGGGAUAAUUAAUUUGGCAACUGAUUCAUGGUAUUUUACGACGGAGUUAAUGUGUAUUAGCUCUUGUUGGUCGUUGUUGUUCAGUAGUAAACGAUUGAGAGAGGAGGUGACACCGAAAAUACACUUCUCAUUUGGACAAAGUUCGGUGGUUGGAAGCACUGUCUCCGGUCGAAUGUACUAG